AGUAUCUAUCUACAUCUUGAGGAACCAUGUCCUCUUUAUACACCCGAAGUAAAGAAUUCACUCGGAAUAGGAAAUCUCAGUCUGAUUCUCCCCCAGCAUCUCCUUCCCCGACUGCCAAGACACUCCGACAUGAAAGACUUUCUAGGUUGGAAUCAGGAGGUAGUAACCCUACAACCAGUGAUACUUACAGUGACCGGGCUUCAGCAAGAGCCCGUCGUGAGGCCCGGGAAGCCCGACUAGCCACCCUGACCAGCCGUGUGGAAGAGGACAGCAACAGGGAUUAUAAAAAACUCUACGAGAGUGCCCUGACUGAAAACCAAAAACUGAAAACAAAGCUUCAGGAGGCCCAGCUAGAGCUAGCAGAUAUAAAGUCCAAGCUUGAGAAGAUGGCCCAGCAAAAACAAGAGAAGACUUCUGACAGAUCAUCAGUGCUGGAGAUGGAGAAACGGGAGAGGCGAGCCUUGGAACGGAAAAUGUCAGAAAUGGAGGAAGAAAUGAAGGUGUUAACAGAACUGAAAUCUGACAACCAGAGGCUGAAAGAUGAAAAUGGUGCCCUCAUCAGAGUCAUCAGUAAGCUGUCCAAAUAGACCAGGCUCCAAAUUUAGAAGAGAGGGAAGGGAUAGCAUUUGCUGUCCCCAGCCCUUGGCUUCCAACCAAAAGAAGUGGAUGUUUUGGUGGAAGGACACUUCUUUCUGACCCUCUUCAGUCACCUCUACACUGUACAUUUUCUCUGUACUCUCAGUGCCCCAUUCCUCCCACACUCCCACCUCCAUCCCGAGUUUUAUGACAGUUUUAAUUGAAGCAUGAUUGUGAUAAGUUGAGCCAUCUGGAGAAGGCUUUGGGGAGUACAUCAGGCUCAGCUAUGGACCCCCACCUUCCUGCUGCUCAGCUACUUUGUCCACAUUGGAUUUGGUCCAAACAUGAAAGGCUUCUACCCAAACCAAUACCCUUUAGCUUUUUACACUGACCUAGUAUCAUCUGAUAUAGGUGUGUCUUGUGGUAGCUACUCCAGCAUCCUGUCUGGGGUGCCAAGAGAAACAGGAUGUUGAAUUACUCAUCAGAUGGCCUCAGGUGACUGUGACUCUGUAUUGAGGCUCUCUAUUCUUCUUCACCUCUCAGGAACUGUCUUAAUUUUAUUUUUUCUAUCAACAACCCAGUGGCAUCCCUGCCUAACCCCUAUUCCUAACCCCUAUUCCUUCCUUCUGCCUAGCCCUUUCUCCAAGGCUCAGGUGUCCCCGACUUGGUUAAUUUCUUUCCUUUCUAUCCUUUUAUAUUUUUUUCUCCCUUCUCAGUCCCCUCACUUGAUGGUGUAAAAGCUAGAACAGAGCACCUGACCUCAGUUGUCUUUGGCCAUUGUAGAACAU